AAAAAACUUUGGUCGAUGAUAAGCGGCACUAUUGACGUUUCUAAUAUUACGAUAAAUUGCUAAGGGCAUUCUGCUUUUUUUUCUCAAAUUUAUAUACUAACGCAAUAUGUAUAUGACAUACGUCAGUGGUCAAGCAUCACUGGUACUCGACGGAUCAAGUAAAGCUUUUAUCAAAUUUCAGGAUUCGUUUUUUCGACCAACCUGGCUCGUCCGUGUUUCUGAUAUGCAGCGGGUGCCUGGAAGAGAAGCUGCCAAGAGCUAUUGUGCUCUAUCAUAUCCAUGGAGCUACUCUGGUGAUAUCAUACAAGACACUAAUGGCAAAAGUACAUUUAUCGAUCGUGGUAAGCACAAGCUGGUGCUAAAGAAUUUCCCAAGCAACGGUGGCAACAAAAGUGGCAAAAGACAACAAACAAGCAACCAUUCCUGUGUCGACGUUCAAUAUGUCAAGUUUGAGAGCAUUAUCCAACAGCUGUGCAAGGAUCGCAGAAUCGAGUACAUAUGGUAUGAUAAGAUAUGCAUCGAUCAAGAUGACAAAAAAGCCAGGCUAGCCGAGAUCAAGCAAAUGCAUAAAAUCUAUUCGCACGCGGACUUUACGGUUGCGCUCAUACCCGAGAUGAAGAUUCCUGAAGAGCUGGAAGGUGCAGCAGGGGCGAAAAGGUUGGGUUGGCGCAGUCUCCUCAAAUACGAAACCUGCUAUUUUUUAGACGAAGGUGAAGAGGAAAAUACAGCAUACGAACAAUGCAUGGAAGCCAUCCAGAACUCCGAAUGGGCAAAGCGCAUGUGGACUCUUGAAGAAGCGAUGGUGUCUAGAAAGAUCGUAUGCGUAGGACAAAACGCGCAUCUGUGGGUGGGUCGACGACUUGAACUACUGCUUCACCUUUCCGAUUCUUCACCAGAAACUGUGUUUCGAUUAUUUACUUUUUAUCGUGGCCACCGCACAGCAAACGUCGCACUACAUCAUGCUCAUCUGCGCACAACCACCAAAGAGCACGACCGCGUAUUCGCGCUGGUUAAUAUGUUCGCCGAUGUAAUCAAAGUUGAUGUCGAUUAUGACUUGCCAGUGAAAACAGCUAUUCUCAAUUUUUACGGCAAACUCGCCAUGGCGGACCUGACUAUUCUGUGCUUUGGAAAACCGGCCGAAUAUAUGCCUUAUCACAGCACUGUUCGUCAGCAAUACGAGUAUCUUCCAUCUUGGACCGGGAUUCAAGGGACCCAUGUCUAUACGUACAGCUAUCCAUUGAAAAUGGCACCCGCUGGACAAUUCAAGUGUAUCACCCAAGGAAGGCAAAUGCACCUUCAGUGCGGAUAUAUACGAGUGUUUCCAAAACAGUAUUCACAAUGGCCAUCCCUGGAAAAAAGCCUGCAGUGGUGGGGAGACGCUGGUGGCCUGGAUUUCACACAUUACUUGACAGAGCUGGACGUCGAUACAUACCACAAGGGAAAGGAUGUGGCAGAGAGCAAGCAAGAUACUAGAUCCGCUGUUGCCACCAGAAAGCGCAAUGUCAGCUCCUUUUUUCGUAUCGGUGACAGCGAGGUGAAACUCAUGUCAUUAACCGAAGAUUGCGACGAAUGCGUGGUCCUUGAUAUAUCGUUCAGUGGCCUGGGGACUCCAGGAAUGUUUUCUAGACCGGGAUAUACAGAGCGAAUAUUUCCUGUCAUCAAGUAUGAUCAUGAUGGGGCGUGGAAAUCGAUUGGUCUUUUAUUUUUAGAAAACCACAAACUUUGGAAAAAAAGGAGAGGAUUGUCGAAACUUGCAAAAAAUUAUGAGCAUGGCUCUUUUGUGAUUGAAUAAAUCCACACCUGUUACUAGCAGUGGUCUUGAUUGAUACUUAUUUCAUUUUGUGUCUAUGUAUUAUUGUUGUAUAUACUUUUUCUUCUUUAAAAAAAUGCUCUCCAACCUUUCUAUACUGUAUAGUCAUCAAUCUUCUUGAUUUUUGAGCAUGUCUAACUCAUUUCCUUAUUUCGUGGUGGUGGUGGUGGUGGUGGUUGG